AUCCCAUUUCACCAACAUGGUCUUCUCGCACGGCGGAAUACUCUGGUCGGGCAAUCUCCAAAUGCCCUGGCUGGUGGGCCGAUGUCAACAUGGAUCCAUCUUCUGACGUCCAAACCUACAAUGACAUUGCUGUGUUCAUCCUGACUGGCCUGAAGGCGUACGACCCUUCACUUGGCGGUUUGAUGCCACAGCUUUGGUCCAGCAUGCAGAAUCUGUUCUCCCUUGGAGAUCUCAAAGACGCCGACGAUGACAAAGGCUCUUGGGCUCUUCGCGAGUACUUUCUUUUCCCUGCUAUCAUUCCUCACAUUGUGGAGGAAUUUGAGCGACUAAAACGAGAGACAACAAUAGCCAAAGCUCAGUCCAAGUUUAAGAAGCGACUCGCAUCCACGCCAGCGAACCUGAAAAGUGCCGAGGCACACGAUUCUCCUGAGAACCUCAAUCCAAGCAAUGAACCCAUGGAAUUUGUUGAAAUCGUUUGGCAUGCCUUGACAACGGCGUUUCUAACAAAACAAGAUGUCUACGCUGCCCAUCAGAAGUGGCCACCAACCAUGGGCUCGAAUGACAACAAAUCACAAGAGAUGGCUUUGAAAUCGACGAGGACUGCACCUGAGCACGCUCAGGAAGGUCUGGAGGCAACAACCCGCUCAAAUUCUACCACCCUAUUGACGUUCUUCGAUAAGAAGAGAGAUUUGGAGACAUUUCAAGAUGGCGAUCAAAUUGCAGGAGUGGAUGACACAGAACAAGGUUACUUAGAGGAAGCCUUUGAUCAGGACUAUGAACCUGAAGAUGAAGAUGAACGUGAUUUCAACCUACGUGGGCAAUUUGAUGAUAUCGAUGACUCCAAAAGAAAUGAGCUCUUGGCAGAUGCAGACAAUGAUGUUGAUGAUAUGCCAGAACUUACUGUCAGAUUCCAAGGGGAUGAUGACUAUGAAUCAGAUGACGACGAUUCGGAUGAUGAAGGCGAUGAAGAGGAAGAACCUAUUGUGGCCGAUUUGGAUCACCAUCAAGAAAAUGUUGAUAGAGGAACCGAUGAUAUUGGGAGCCUCGUUACUGAUCUGGAGGAUCUACAAGGACCGCCAGAAGAAGAGAUUGUAUUUGAGCCUGAAACGCCUCAAGUAGCAAAAGUCACUCGAUCUGGGCAAACGUAUGCGCAAGCUGCAAUGUCUGGGCUGAACCUUUCUCAAGUUCCAAAGAAACAAAGAGAAUGGCCUUUGAGCAGGAGUGGCAGUUCUGCCAAUAAGAACAAGAAUCGAGUUGCGACAAGACGCAAGCAUCAAGAGAGGGAAAUGAAACCGUUGAAGGACAAAUUGAAGUCUGGUACUCGUUCCAAUGAAGGAAGUCGCAGUACUAAAGACAGUAAAGCUAUCCUUGAAGCACAGCACAAUCUAUGUUUACAACAGAUUGGGAAUGAGAUGAAAGCUGAUUAUGAAGAGCACGACGCUAUUCUGAUCGCUUGUUGCAUGAUGCAGAUCAAGGCAAAGUAUGAUACUGACAAAGGUCUGAACUUCAUCCAACAGUAUUACAUCAAUCAAGGACUGAAGAAGUUUGGUGAUGAUGGAAAAGAUGCUGUGGAUAAGGAAUUGAGACAAAUGCUCCUGAGAGAUUGUUUUACUCCCGAAUCUGUAAAAGACGGCCCAAUCAGCGAUGAUGUUACUCGCGGAAAAGCAAUUCAAAAAGACAAUUAA